UGUCAAAUGAAUAAGUGGUGGAUGAAAUAUUGAAAUGUGUUUCAAUGUCGUCACCUGGACCUGAUGUGUUUGUCAUUGUGUUGAGUUUGGGAAGAUUCACCAAGGAAGAAGCAGACACUGUAGAUCUGAUAAAACAGAUCUUUGGUCAUGAAGCUUCUCAGUUCAGCAUCGUUCUGUUCACUGGAGGAGACAAUCUUGAUGAAGAGUCCAUAGAAGAUUAUGUCAGGCAAAGUAAGUCUACAGAACUCAAGAAACUGAUCAGAGACUGUGGAAACAGAUUCCUGGCUUUUAAUAACAGAGAAAAACAAGACAAAACGCAAGUGAUUCAACUGUUAAACAUGAUAGAGGAAAUUAAAAACAGUAACGAGGGUCGAUACUUCACUAACAGCAUGUUUGAGGAGGCAGAGAUGUCCAUUAGAAAGAAAAUGGAGGAAAUACUGAAAGAGAGAGAGAGAGAGAUUGAAAUCCAGACCCAGAUAUUACAAGCCAAAUGUGAGAGGGAAAUGAAAAACAUGACUAGAAGAAGAAAAACAAAGAGCAGCUCCAUCUCUCGAGCCCAGUCUUUUGUCCCAGCCUCCCUCAGUCUGAGGAUGAAGAAGUCCAGAUGCUGA